AGGAGGACCACGCGACUUUCCGGUAGAGAAUUUCUGUUGCCAGACGAAGCGCAUCGGCCGCAUAAUGGCGAUUCACAGCACCCCGGAACCAGGCCUCUGCAGGCUUCCCCGCACCACAACAAAUGCAAAUCGACCCACAACGAGGACAACUGCAAAGUUGUCACGACCUAAGGAUAGAACCUCUGCACCCCCGACGGAAGUACUUUCCAAAUCGAGGACGUCCGGACGUCCCACCCAAGCUGCACCUGCUAUCGUGGAAGAUGCGGUCCCCUUCGGAGAGUUGCUUCCCCGGUAUCGCGUCCGAACACCCACGUUACUGUACAACCGGCCGGGAAGCGUUGGGUCAAACGCAAUCGCGGAAAUCGGUGCGGAUGUGGUGGUCACGCAGUUGUACGACAAAGAAGUCUCCUUGGAAGGAGGGAGUAAGCAGGUACAGAGGGUCUUUGUGUUGUUGCAUUACUCUAACCCUGCUAUAGGUUGAAGAUGAUGCGGAGCAGCUGGUGCGAUUGUGUCGAUGGUUCAAUUUCAUGCAUGACGAAACAAGCGUGCAUGAAUCAUGUUGACUUUGAUAUGUCGUUUAUUUCAAACAACUAGAUCCUUGUCUAUGUCGAUCCCAUCGCCGGCUGGGUGCACGCAGACCAGAUCACGCUGUUACCCCCGAACUGCUGGCUGAAGCCGGUUUUUGGAACAACCUCGCACAACAGUAAAUCGUCGGACAAGAUGAACCACAAUACGAAUGGUGCCAACAAAUCAACGUCCUCUUCCUCGUUUAUGAAGUGGGAAUGGCAGAAGUACAAAGUUGAGGAGAGCCGCAAACUGAACCUCUCCGUCCUCGCCGAGAUGGUGAUCUUGAACCAAAAAGCCUACGAUGUGGAGGAUUGUUUUGCGAACGAAAUCGUCACGAGACUGCCCGGGCCGCUGCGGGUGACGAAGUGCGGAACGGUCCGAUGCUUGUUCCUUCGAUCAGAAGUCUCCUUUGCCGUCGGGUGGGCGUCAUUGGACCGCAGCGCCAGGGGAAAACCGCAGUUGGUGCAGGAAGUAGUGGAGGAGGGAGAGUCAAUACAGGAAGAGUUUGUCCUCGGAGGGAACAGUAGAGAAACAGAAUCUUCCUCUGUGAUUGAUGAAUUACAACAGGAUGAUCACUGCCAUGAAGAAAACUCGUGUGAAAUAAAAAACCGAAACGAUUGGCGGAAGCAGCGGUUAGAUGAAAUCCAAAUCGUGCAGCAGGAGCACAGAAUGAACUCCCCAAGCUGCAGCAGUUCUCGGAGAUCUUCCCGACAGGAGUUAGAAAUCGGGCCGCUGGUUUCCACCGCCCCAGCCUUUGUUCAAGACGACCACUCCUGGGGCUGUUGCGGGGUGUUUGCGAAGACCUUCGCGUCACUGCCAUCGCCAAAGAGAACCUCCUUGUCGCCGAUAACCAGAACCACGGGAAAGGGAAAGACGAAGGACGGCCCUGAGAGCAGGGCGGCAGCAUCGUCUUCCAGUUGUAGCAGUUCGUCACCUAGAAGUCAUUCGAAGUCCGACGUGAGUUCGAGCAGCAGCGAGGAGUCGAACCGAGAAUGCGGGUUGGAAGAGCAACUCCGGGCUGUUUGUGCGGAAGAAGAGCAGGAGGACGUGAUUUCAUCCGGCGUGAAGUUGCUGCCAUCUGCUAGUAGUGUUGCUGCAACAUCUUCUUUUGGCACUUCGAACUUUGCUCCGGCUGUGAAGAGGUGGAACGCGGCAUCGGAAAGUACUAGAAAAGUGGAUGUACUAGCAGAUGAAGCUACAUCAUCAGUCGUCUACCCACCGAACAAGGAUGCCAGCAAUCACGACUCACCACUAGAACAAGCUCAAAGUAGUAGUCUCGUUUGCUCCUCCACUGCCAGCUCUAGUUCCGGGAACACGUUGAUGCUGCACGAAAAUGUUGGCGUGAAGAACGGAACGCCAACCGACGAAGAGCCAUCCACGACCUGCGGCACGCCGACGUCGCCCGGGACCGGGACCUCCUGCACGUCCAGCUGCGGCGCAAGUGGAACUGCUUCAAGCAACAGCAGCGCGUCAUCUUCGCUAAACACGCCACAGCAGCUGCUGGCGCGAAACCUCCGGGCAAAGGAUCAGGGGCAACCAAAUUUCUCUUCGGAUUGUGGCAGAGACGAUGGGAUUAUUGAAGAAGAGGUCUGCACGAGCCUGGAUGACAAAAUUCUGUUCUUCCCCUCCGAAAGUCUGUUGCAGGCGAGAUUGAGAAACCAGCUGGCAAAUGUGAAACCGGUCUGCAAGGUAAGUGUUUGAUUUGGCUUGCUGUAGUUCACUCUCAACAUGUGGUCGCGCACUUCUAUUUCUUACAUAGCCAUAAGUUUAGAGUUGGCAUGAAGUAGGAAUGAACUCCGUGUGGUGGUUCUAUCUGCAUGUGUGACGCGAAAAGAAAAAAACAACCUCCCAACGACCAGGUCUGCUACCUCCACGUGGCCAAUGUCGCGUUUGCAAACUGUGGACACGUGCUGUGUGCCGGCUGCUCGUCGGCAAGCAAUGUGUGUCCGAUUUGUCACAAAGAGUCACUAAAACUGAGACUGCGCUGGGAUUGACGCGGAUUCUUCUACCAUGAUGUAGGAACUGUUUUUAAAUGCCUCAACGUCACCGAAAGUACAACAAAUGCAAUCCUACCAAUGAAGAAUGCCACAAUCUCGUUCAUUUUUAUUCACGCUGGGGACUCAGGCUAGCAGUAAAAGCUUCGCUGAAAAACCCAAGCGCCGUACAUUAUUUCACAACAGUUCUGAUGUGUAAGUGUAUGAUUAGUUUCUACUAGGUCAAGGUUUCGCUUUCCACAAAUAAAUGAAUAAACAAAGAGCAGCCCACAAAUCGUUUUUUAUACUAACUUCCAAGCAAAAUGAAUGCAUCAGUUUCGAGAAAGCUUCGCUCAUUAGUUUUUUUUCUUCGCUUUGCUUUGUUCACCAGUGGUAGCAGGAAGCCUGCGGUUGGACAACUCAGCGAGUUUAAAAUGUGUAGGAUGAAGAUGUUUCAUUUCAAAAGGUAGAAGUUGAGGCUUCUGCCUCUUCGUGCCAAGCACACCAAAUGCCCAUGACAUAUUUUUCUCAAAAUCCAAAUCGUCUACGAGUGGUACGCAACAGCAAAAUGCAAAUGCACUGGCUACAUACCUUAAUUCAACGAGAAAAACUACCAAGAUAGAAACCCGCAUUUAAUGACCCCUUUUAUUGAAACCUUUUUUCUUCUAUGCUUACGCUUGAUGCGCUACGAUAUUAAGUAACAAAUUUGCUUCUCUAUGAGUUUCACUCCAACUCCGCGGAUGAUCCCACGUAGUCUCGGCGAAAAGCUCUGAAACUAAACCUUUACUACAGAGCGUCUCGAUAUCGCGUUAAAUUCAGUACAAAGAUGAAGAUUAAUUUCAGUAACAAAAAUUUUUCAGGCUCUGAGGGAGUCCACAGCCAUAUCCUCUGAAGAAAGCUUGAGCAAAUGUUUACGAACGAACCGAUAAGCCAAUGUGCUUGAUCUGCGAGAAGACAAGGGCCCACACUUAAGUACUGAGUCUUCAUAUACUCACAGGACGCAGAAGUGGAAGUGUCAUGAGGCUAGUGAUGGCCUUUCCACUACUAGCGCUGUUAUAUUUGAUGUUCGGAGUGGGAUGGUUGUGGAUCCGUGCCGCUGGCUCUUUCUGAGCGAAGCCAUG